UCAUAUAAUUAUGUUGCAGAAUUCUUAGGCUUGAUGGCACAAGAUGUCUCCGUGUUGGAACUGCUGGAUUCUACGAGACAGGUUCAGGAGGAGGAUGUUACUAUUCUACUAGAGGAUUUAAAGCAUAGAAAGGAUUUACUUGUGGAUAAGAAAGUUCAAGCUGGUGCUAAGAAGUACUUUACAAAAGAUGCCUGGAUUACUGCUUUGGAUACUCUAAAAAUGCUUGAUGUUACGCAGAUGCAAAAGAAGCCUUUCAAAGCUGGCAGUUCAUCAGGCCUUGUGAAAGGAACAAAAAGAAAACUUGUAGAAGUAGUUGAUUCAACAUCAGAGCUGCCAGGACCCAGUAGUAUGAAAAUUUCCAGAAGACGAAAAGGUAAAACUAAUAAAGACACAGAUCCUGAGCAUUCAUCAAAUUCAAGUGAGGAUGACAGUUCAGUUGGGUCAGAAGAUGAUGGAAGUGAAAUUGAAUCUUUGAAAUCUGCAUCAAGGAAAGUCAAGAGACACAGCUGGCUACCAGAGGAGGAUAAAGCCAUACAAUCAUAUUUCAAGGAAGAUAUCAAUGAUUUCGAAAACGAGGGGAAUGCAGGACCAUUACACGUGGCAAAGAAAAUAAAAAAAUUCCUUACCAAGAAUCCAAACAUUCUAAGGGAUUAUCCUACUGGGGAGAAAACCAAGAAGAUCAGGAUAAAAGUGUUUAAUCUGAGGAGACAGAGGAGACUAAAAUACAAGAAGGGAGUAGAAAAACUUUCUGUCUGAUUUUUUUCUGUCAAGGAAGUUUUAAAAAUAUACCGACACGCAAAAGAAAUGCAACAUUAAGCAUUAAAUACAUCUGAAUUUUUAGUUUGUUUGGUCAGAAACAAGAAGAGCUUAAGUGAUAGUAAGGUGUCUGUCAUCCGUCUAUUUGCCUAGCUGUCUGUCUGUCUGUAUACAAUUUUUAGCUCGACUGGUCAGAGACCAUAAGAGGUUAUGCAAUAGAAAGGUGAACCCUGUCCUUCCUUCUGUCUGUCUAUUUGCAAUUUUUCACUACUCCUCCUACAGUUUUGGCACAUAAUUCAGUAAACUACACUGAUACAUAUUUAUAUAAUAGUGUUGCAUUAUGCAUGUACUAUGCCUAAAUAUAGUAGGCAGGUUUGACACAUUGUGCACAAGCCGGAGGCGAGUUCACCAUGUGUAAAACCCUGCCUACUAUUUAGGCAUAGUACAUACAUAAUGCAACACUAUUGUUAUUAUUAUGCUGACUGUUGUAAUUAUUUAUGCGGCAAUUUGACUUUUUACUGAAAAUAUCGGUGCUAACACAGGGCACUUGCAAGAUUUCAUUCAAAAUCUUCAUGCUAAAAUUGGUUACAAGCUUAGUUAUUUUGGUUACUAGUACCCUACUGUAUUUUCUCUUGAUAAGUCGGGAUUUUGUCCUAAAGUGACUCAUCUUUAUUAUUUUCUGUUUUGUAAGUAAGACUGAUUUGUUUGCAGACGUCGAUUCUCAUUGAUAAUUUUUAUUUUACAUCCUUCAAUCAAGCAUUAUAUAAAAAUCUAAGCGUUUUAAUGACCCCAUGAUAUCAGUUCAUCUAACAAUCUGUAUGUAAUUAGUUUGAAACUUUGUUGUACACAUUUAUCUAUGGUUCCUUAGAAUAAUAUAGCUGUUUUCAAAUAAUAUUUGUCUAUUUUCUCUUGUGUCAAUCGUUUAAAUUAAGUUUAAGAAUUUAAUAAAAUUCCUCCAAUCAGUGAUCGUCAGUGGCGUAAUCGAUAAGGCAUCGGACUGGCAACCUCAUGGUCGUGAGUUCGAUUCCCGGGGUGUGCAUUGAAGAAUUUUAUUCAGAAAACAAGGUCAUGCACUAUUUCGGCAUAGUAUGCUUACGCUAUAUAAAUCCUUAGAACAGUAUGAGAGAAUAGUAUGGGUUAUAUAGAGACAAACCGACAGGAAGCAUAAUAAUUCUGUAUAUUAGUUUUUAAUAUCA